AUGCCUGCUUCACGCAAAGCGCAAGCUGCGGCUAAGGCCGCCAAAUCGACCUCUUUCGAGGUACCUUCCGUUCUAGCGGUCGCUCCGCCCGGCGGGGCCGUCUGCGACAUCUGUAACAAAGUUCUCUCUCGCAAACACGACUUGAGUCGUCAUAAGAAGACCCACAACCCUGUCAAGGAUUUCAUAUGUGCAUGCUGCAACAGGGGUUGGAGCAAUCUUCAAGAAUUGAACAUCCAUUUGGACAGAAAAGCGGGGAAUAAGCCCCACAAAUGUCCAUUCACGGAUUGUGAAUUCAAGACUGCAGACCCUGCGUCGCUAACUCGCCACAAGAAGAAUAUCCACCAAUAUGUCCCCCAGGUUGGACCCAGGGACCCUACUAGCCGCUCUGCUAAAAGCAGGCAGCGUCGGGCGCGCAAGGAUCCCUCUGAAUCCUUUCGGAGGUACUCAGAGUCCUACCGCUCCAGAUGCUCUUCCCCGUCGGGCUCCUCAUCUGCAAGCUCGUCUGAUUUUCCCUCCACGCCCAGUGAUCGAUCAUCCCUCGACCUCUCUACCUGCAUCGAAGACCUCUGCCUCCACGACAUCGGUCCAGAGGGAGUUUUCGUCCCCUGGACCUUCCCAUGGGAGAGCGUCGUCGACGACCCCAAUUUCGAGCUGAGCUGCCCUUCCUCUCACGGGUUCUUCUUGCACCGUCGAGUCACCCCGGAAGACCCCUCCGCUACCCCUCGUGAUACUCACGCGGCUCACGAAUCCUCGAGCGUAACGAGGGGUCAUGAGCAGGGAUGUCAAGAUAUUCAAGUCCUCGGGUCCGGCAAGUCAGAAGAGCAGCUUCUUACCAAGUCGUCGACGAAGAAAAGCCCUGAUCAUACCGACUCAGACCCGUCGAACAUCCAUCUCCCUCUUCUCUCUCUUCCUUAUCCCUUCAUUACCUUUAUGGACUCAAUUGAAGCUGCAUCGUCACCGAACUUCAAUGGGUACUAUCAUCAUCGGGUGCUUCAGCAAGAGACAGAGAUGUUCAACAAUGUCAUUGUGGCACACUCCCCCCAACACGAGCAGGUGCCGGUCCAGUACUACGGCGACCUUCCCGCUCCCCAAGAAUCAGUCGACUUUGACUUGACUCCGGCCCCGUUUAACGUGGAUGCUGCGAUUUUCGCUCAGUUGUCGCAGUUCGAGCAGAAUCCAUACGCACCCUACCAGCAGUUGGAUUUCAACCUCGACAUGGGCACGCUUAAGCAAAACUCGUACACACCACAAGAACCUACCGAACAGCAGUUCAAUUGCGACUUCGGUCAAGGCAUGUUCGAGCAGAACCCGUUUGCACCCCAAGAGCCCAGCUGCCAGGAGUUCCAUCUCGACCUCGACCUGGACCAAGGCACGGUCGAGCAGGAGUUAUUCUCACCACAAGAACCCAUCUAUCAGCAGCUCGAUUUUAAUCUCGAUCAGGGCAUGGACCUUAUGGCCCUCACCGUCGAGCAACAACAGCUGCAACAGGGGAUAUCCGACAUGAUGGCCAAUACCCAGUACCUUUACAAUGGGUACAUCUACCAAUAGGUAGUCUGCGCAAUUGCCCUUUAUUUUAUUUCUUCAUUUAUGUUUCCCCGCAUCCACUGUACACUUACUCCCAUCAUUUUGCAUUUUUCUCGGACACUUCGCCAUUUUUUUCACCCAUCUGCCUCCAGCUUGUAACCGCUCCUUUUGUCAUAGAAGUUUGGUUAUGAGUGCGAUGCGCGAUAUCAUUACUCUGGUCCUUUCGACCGAACUUCAAGCUUUCCUCACUAUCGAGGCCCACUUCAUCUGUGCAUACUUACAUUUUUCAUUGGAUUUUUUGGUCAUUUUAGACAUCAUUAUUAACAUUGUCACUUGUACUUUUUAUAUAUCAAGGAUUCUGGAUU